AGCAGAGUCGAGAAGGCGCGCUGCACCGGAACAAAGAAACCGCGCGAUUGGACGGGCCCCGGCACACCACUUCUCUUUCCCGUCUGCUGUGUGUGCGUGCAACGACUCGGCCGCGGUGCAUCUCCACAUGUGUAUACACGACACAGCGUGCUGCUGCUGCUGCUGCUGCUGCUGCAGAGAGAGAGAGAGAAAGAGCCGAGAGUCCCGCGCUCGCGCUAACAGUCGAGCGAGAGAGUUGUGCGCGAGCGCACUUGCCAGUUAUUAUUCGGAUACUCUUAUAUACUCGUGUUCUACGCAAGGGAUCUUCUGGUGCUGCUGAUAUAUAUAUAUAUAUAUAUAUUUUUUAACAUCGUUAAUUUAACAGUGUGUGGAGGAUGAGAAAGCCGGUGUGGAUCGAGUUUUUGUGCAACGCAGGAGGAUAUCUGGUCGACGCCCCCGCAGCCGAGUGUCGCUAGCAGAUGACAGCCGAACCGGCGACUCUGUUCUUGCGACAGAGAUGUUACAGAGCGAGAGGAGAAGAAACAGAUCUAUCAGCGCGAGGUGAGCGGCCCACCAGGAGGUGGUGCAACAAACAGCAGCAGCAAACGCCAGAGCAAGAACAAGAAGCGCCGCGAGGCACAGCAGGAAUUCACACACUCCUGGAUGGUCGGAGCGCUCAAAGGCCACACAGCCCCCGUACUCGACAUGGACUUUUCCGCCAACGGGAAAUUUCUCGCAAGUUCAGCCGAAGAUUGCGGCCUAAAAGAGGACGCCAGUGCCGAGCCGACCAGCUUCGCCGCUGCCGCCGCCGUCACCGGGACAUCCUCCUCCGCCAAGGUCGCCGGCAGAACCGCGAGCCGCAGCCCCAGCAGCUCGAAAGCCAAGAGCGGCACUGCGCCGCCCUCGCCGUCGGCCUCGUCCUCGUCCUCCUCGUCGGGCAACUCCUCCGCGAAGGAGGAGCACCAGCCGGCCAUUCUUAGCCGGCGCCAGCGCAAGAACCGCACCCGCGCGCCCCGCGAGCAGCGCAGGGAGCUGCCCGAGUGCGACGAGGACCACGAGGACCACGAGGAUCACGAGGAUCACGAGGAUCACGAGGACGAUCACGAGGACGACCACGACGGGCCGCCACCCUGCGGCAAGCUCUCCAAGUCCAUGGAGGAGCACGACAAGUCCAAGGAGCCGAAGAAGAGCGCCGACGGCGCCGCGGAGCAGGAGGCCAGGAAGCCCGGCGGUGGCACCGAGCCCGACAACAAGUUCAAGCAGUACCAGCAGCCCGCCAGAGGCACCUACAUCAUGAGCAAGCCCAGCCAGCUGCACCAGUUAACAGACGCGACCCUGGCCUCGCUGCUGCGCCACUACACCCUCACCGGCGACCAGCUCGCCCAGCUCGGCUACCCCAUCGAGUUCUUUGACUGCCCCGGGUAUGCCAGUAUAUACAACAACAACUUCUACUCGCAAAGAUCGCACCACCGGCAUCACCAUGGCCACGGCCACGGUCACGGGCGCAAGCACCACCUCGACGUGAACGCGCGCGAGUUCGUGCCCGGCCGCUGGAGGAUCGGCAUCGACAGCGGCAACGGCUCGGCCAGCAGCUCCGUGGAGUCCUCCGACCUCGAGCAGGAGUCCGCCUCCGACAGCGACAAGAGCAGCGAGGUCGGCGAGGCCAACGGCGCCGGCCAGCAGCACCGCCAGCAGGAGCUGCAAAAGCGGCUGAAGAACGCCAUCGACCGGCGCUGCGCCCGCUGCUACCGCACCUUCUACGUCGGCCGCGAUGACGGUGAGUACGUGCUCGAGGAAAGGUGCUGCUACCACUGGGGCAGGCUGCGCAACAGCCACGACGGCGCCGGCGAGACCUGGGAGUGCUGCCGCGGCCGCGAUACAUCGCGCGGCUGCACCCAGGCCCGGGCGCACGUCUGGACGGGCAUUGUGCCCGGCUACAACGGGCCCUUCGACGACUUCGCACAGACCCAGCCGGCCCAGCAGCCGCCCUGCGACGGCAACUACGGCGUCUACGCGCUAGACUGCGAAAUGGUUUUCACGAAGCGCGGCCUCGAGCUCGGCAAGGUCACCGUAGUAGCGCUCGACGGCAGCCUCGUCUACGAGACCCUCUGCAAGCCCGACGCGGAGGUCAUCGACUACAACACGCGCUUCAGUGGACUGCGCGCCAAGGACUUCGAGUGCGUCACCAAGAGCCUGCGCGACGUCCAGAAGGACAUCAUCGGCUUCGUCAGCGCCGAGACCAUCCUCAUCGGCCACGGCCUCGAGAACGACCUGCGGGCCCUCAGGCUGCUCCACUCCACGGUCAUCGACACAUGUGUCGCCUUCCCACAUUUUCUCGGCUACCCCUUCCGCAGCAGCCUCAAGACACUAGCGCGCACCGUGCUCAGGAAGGAGAUCCAGUCGAAGGAACACGAUUCGGCCGAGGACGCCCGCACGGCGGUAGACCUCAUUUUAACAAGACUGCAGCACGACCUUUUCUAAGUCUGAUCAACCCACCUCCAUUUGACUGAGCGCUGCGGCCGGAGGAGGCAGCCUCCUCUCCUCGAUCACCGAUACUCAUCACGCUUCGAAUGACGAAGAGGAAACGACGACGAAGGGCAGGCCCCCCCCCCCUCCCUCGUGUGUGCGACCACAAUUGAUUCAGUGAACGAGUGAGAGCUCGAGACAACUUUGCACUUCCGCCAGUGUUCAGUUCCAAGUGAAAUCUGUGAUACGUUUAACCGCGCGCGCACAAACACACACGCAUACGCUUCAUUCGCCGCCGUGAGGUUGACGCACGUGCUCGACUUGUUCAAUUUCUGUGUUGAUCUCGUGAUACGAACAAAAAUUCUGACUUUUUCAGAGCGGCUAAUUAACGUAGCUGUACAUACGUUCUCUCCGGCGGGUAAUCGAGCACGUGCGCCGUCGCCACCGCGGAUCAAUUACACGGCUCGUCAGUCUCGAGCGCGCACAUACGGCUGUCAUUAAUUUUCCCUAUAGCAUAUACGUAAGACUUGUUAUGUAUCAUUCUACACGCCGAGUGAUGGAAGAAAAAGUGCACUGGACGUUCUUUCGCGUGCGUACACGUGUGAAGUUUGUGCGAGAGAACUGAAGCAAGAAGACAAAGCGCGAGCGGCGACGGGCGAGUGCAUUAUGUUAAUUAUAGUAUACGUAUGCGAUGCACAGACGUACGUAACGACUUUGGUUUUCGUUUUCUUAUAUUCAUUUUUUUUGUCUCUCCAUCUCGAUCAUCGAGAAACUCGCCUACAGCUCGCCGCUCGCCACCUUGUACAUACUUUCUAGCCGUAAGUUUCUUGUAUUUAAUUUAUUGUUAUCUCGUAAGUGACGCGAACGACGAGGUCGCGAGUGCAGCGACACGUUGUCUAUACUGUACUGUAUACUACACGAGCGUAGAGGGAAAAAUUCGCGUUGACAUGUUCACGGACGACGAUUAUAGUUUUUCAGACGAGACGACAGCGAGAGAGAGAUGUAUUUGCCAAUGUGAUCGUACCGUAAAAGUAAGAAUGCGUAAAUGUAUAUAUAUAUAUAUAUAUAUAUAUAUGAUAAGUCCGUCGCGGCGGCGUAAUCCUUGAUUGCUCUUCUCGGCGCCUUUAUGAAUCUUCACUAUUUGCUUCAUAUUAAAAAAAAAUUCUCUAAAAGAUAGCGCCAGUCGAAUUUAAGCUUCUGUACAGACGCUCGCCUGACCUCAAUAUGUAUGUUCAUACAGGCGCGAACCUGUAAUUCAACUCUUCGUAAAACAAAAGCCGGCUACAAUACACACGCAGUGACGAAAGAAUUCAUAUAUGUGUAAUGUAUACAAAAGCCGGUUCGCGCGCGCGCGCGCGAGAGAGCAAUUAAUCGCCGAAAUAUUCCACAGCCGAGUUGCGCAACGCAAGGAUUAUGCCGAUUUUACUUUAAUUUUCGACCGUAUAUCCAAACGAGACGAGACACCGUCUAUACGGCGCGUAUAUUUAAGAACAUGCGUGGACGAGACGCAUAGGUGCGCUGCUCGACAUUUCCAGCGAGCAAUUCGCGCACACACACACACACGCAGACGUUUUUCAGAAAGAGAGAGCGGAAGAGCGCGCGCGAGUUGUGCAAGAGCCCGUCGAGAGAUGCGCGAUUUCUUUUUUCGCCGGCUCCUUUAUUUUUUCGCGCUCGUUUGAAUAUGUAUCGUUUAUUCAAAUCGCUACGUACACUAUUUUUAUACGAGAAACCUCGCGUUCUGCAUAGAUAAUACACCCGUGUGCCCUCGAGAUAGAAAAAUAAGGAGCGCGCGCGCGCGAAUAAAAAAGAAAUAUCACAAGUGCCUUGCUCGUCGAGAAUAGAAAACGUAAAUACAAACGCUAUUCGGUUGUAACAUUUAGAAGUCCCGCGCGCACGCGUAGAAAGUGAUUUCGCAACGGUGCGCGCGGGAUACAAAUAGAUUGCGACAAAACGGAAAUCGCGCAUCUUAUUCCUUCUUCUGAUGACGGCUCAAAUUUUCCGCGAAACUUUCCCCGCCGCCUCUCUUUCUCUUGUUUUGCUCCUAUGUAUACACCCGAGUGUGCCGCACGUUAAUUCGUUCAUCAAACGUACAGUCGCUCGUAUGUAUAGAAAACACGGAAAUCGAGCGCCUCUCUAACUCCAGCAAUUAGUCAAGCCUAUAUCUCGAAAUCUGCGACACUGAAAACUCCGAGGAGGAAGAAGACAUGGGCUCGUCUCUCGACACGCCUCCAUAUUAUAUUACGCGACGGUUGCGCAACGAUGCCGCGACAUUAUGCAAAGAGCGCACAUUUUGGACAGAAUCGCUUGCGAAAGCGCCAAACGAGUAUGUGUCGAAGGCGGCCUCGUUAGGGAACACACACACACACACACGCGCGCAGCUGCGCCGUUUGGCAAGCGCGGAGGAGUAUUCGUGUUGACGCGCGCGAGCGUAUUAGAGAAACCACCGCCGUGGGUUUGGCUAAUGAAUGGCGCGAACCGAUUUUUUCUUCUGUGUUAUAUUAUAGUGUGUGCCGAUUUUUGUUCGCUUGUAAUCCGCCGGCGUAGUUCAACCGAGAUGGUUAUUACGCUCCGUGGGCGAGUGAGUGUGCUUUGUAAAACGAUUACCGGGAUCGUUGCGAAUUUUGCUUUGUACACACUCACACAUGCGAGCGCGCACCGAUGAACUGUAUAACGAUAAGGACCGACAAGCUGCGUCGCGCAACUCGAUUUUCUCGAUAUGGACAACGAAAUUGUAAUUUACUUAAUGAACUAGAUAAUAUGAAAGAACUGUUAAGAGCGGCGUAGAGAUUUUAUUCUGUAUAUGUGUACUGCUUGCUUUUAUUUUUACAUAAGAAUGAAAGCAAGGCAAAAAAGACACUGCGAUAUGUUUUAUUUUUGUAUAAGAUGCGAGAGAAAUUAUUUUUUUAAUUUUGCGUAUUGAAAUUGUAUAUGCAGUGUGCGAAAACGUUGGGAGCAAACCUGAUGGACGCAACGUUGACGGACAAGACAGGGACAUCGAAAUUAUCACGAAUUUAGUAGGAAGAUAUUAUGUACGAAGAAAAAUCAACAAAUCAUAUACAAACAAACUCCGGGGGGGAACGCGACUCGUUAGCGUCCCCCAGAUCUAUAUACUGCAAUACCUGUAGGCCAUUUUUGGCCAUAAGCGAUGUUCAACUUAAUUUUAUUUUUUUAACGCUGAUUCUCGAGUGCGACGACGAUUAUAUCGAUGAUAGAAUAAAGCAAUACAUUUUCUACAAUUAAAUA